UCAUGGGCGUGGUCUACUCUGGGGGGAGGAGUUGUUGUUUGCAAGCGCGCGCGCGCGCGUGUGUGUAUGUGUGUGUGUAUGUGUGUGUGUAUCUCCUCCCCCGGCCGCAUGAGAUGAGCUGCCUCCACCUCCUCCUCUCCUUCUUGCCUCUGUCUAUCUGUCCAGUCCGGAAAUGUUGACCACCGUGCCCUGAGAGAGCCAACGCCGCCGAGUGUCCCUUAAUCUUUUGACUGCCACUCUCCGUGUUUGUCUCUGAGGGUCCUAGCCUGCCUCCACUGAACUGGCUGUAAGGUUCUGCUCUGUUCAGCUUGUCUGAAACUGAUCCAACCAAGCCAAUUGUGCAAAAGAGCUGAGAAACACACAACAUGGCUGUGGCCGGAUGUCCGGACUAUUUCCUGCAUCAUCCUAAUUAUCAGCAGGACAAUAUAGACCUGUCCUCCAAUCACAGACAAGCUGACCUCAUUGGUCCGAGCUUCCAGCAAUCAGCCAAUCGGAGUUCUCCUAACCAUCAAGAGGAUGACGUCGAUUUGGAGGCCCUGGUGAAUGAUAUGAACUCUUCGCAAGAGAGCCUGUACUCCACCUGCAGUGGUCAGCAGACAGAGUCCACCCCACUACUGCACAAUGGACAGACCUCUUCCUCACACCACAGUCACAUGCAACACAACCAGCCUCGGCAGGGUCAGCACUUACAUGCGCUAACACACGUCUCCCCAGAGCCGUCCUCCUCGUCUGCGGACUCACCUCAAACCAGCCUCCGACGGUCUCAACCCAUGCACAUCCUCGCUGUCCGGAGGUUGCAGGAGGAGGAGCAGCAGCUGAGGACAUCAUCUCUCCCGGCCAUCCCCAACCCCUUCCCAGAGCUCUGCAGUCCAGCAAGCUCCCCUGUCCUCAGUCCUGGGUCUCUACCCCCUGGAGAACCCUCCACGGGCAUAUAUAUUGUGAAGAUCUUCACUGAAGACGGUAUGGGUAAAGUAGUGGAGAUCCCAGCCGACAUGACAGCCAGGGACCUGUGCCAGCUCCUGGUUUAUAAAAGCCAUUGUGUGGAUGACAACAGUUGGGCACUUGUUGAACACCACCCGCUGCUAGGCCUAGAGCGUUGUCUAGAAGACCAUGAACUGGUGGUUCAGGUCCAGGCCUCAAUGAACAGCGACAGUAGAUUCCUCUUCAGGAAGAACUAUGCCAAAUAUGAAUUCUUCAGAAACCCCCUGGCAUUUUUCCCAGAGCACAUGGUCGCGUGGUGCCAGGACACCAAUCGUAUGAUUCCACCAUCUCAGCUCCUUCAGAACUUCCUAGCGACCAGUAGCUGUCCAGAGAUCCAGGGGUAUCUGUAUGUGAAGGAGGUGGGUAGAAAGUCAUGGAAGAAAGUUUACACGUUCCUGCGGCGCUCAGGACUCUACUGCUCUACAAAAGGAACCUCAAAGGAGCCCAGACAUCUACAGUUACUAGCAGACAUUGAAGACAGCAACAUCUUCACUGUCAUCACAGGCAAAAAGCAGCACGGUGGACCCACAGACUACGAGUUCUGUAUCAAGCCCAAUAAAUGCCGAGGGGAGUUGAAGGAGCUGAGGAUGCUUUGUGCGGAGGAUGAACAGGGCAGGACCUGUUGGAUGACUGCCUUCCGGCUUUUUAAGUAUGGGAUUGUGUUGUACCAGAAUUAUAAGAUUCCUCAACAAAGAAAAACCCUACUGUCACAUUUCUCAGCACCUGUGCGGAGCGUAUCGGAGAACUCCCUUGUGGCCAUGGAUUUCUCAGGGAGGAUAGGCAGGGUGAUUGACAACCCUGUAGAAGCUCAGAGUGCUGCCAUGGAGGAGGGACAUGCGUGGAGGAAGAGGAGUCAACGAAUGAACAUAUUAGGCUCCCACAGUCCAUUACACCACUCCUCACUAAGCUCAGUCAUCCACAUAGCUCAGUUGUGGUUCCACGGCAGGAUAACCAGAGAAGAAUCCCAUCGCAUUAUCCAUCAGCAGGGACAAGUCGAUGGGUUGUUUCUGCUGAGAGUCAGUCAGAGUAACCCCAAGGCGUUUGUGCUCACAUUGUGCCAUCACCAGAAAAUCAAACAUUUCCAGAUACUACCGUGUGAAGAGGACGGCCAAGUCUUCUUCAGCCUUGAUGACGGCGCCACCAAAUUCACCGACCUGAUUCAGCUGGUGGAGUUCUACCAGCUCAACAGAGGAGUGCUGCCUUGUAAACUCAGACACCCGUGUACCGUCGUGGCCUUAUGACAUAUUCGGAUCAUCUGACCCCAUGACUCCUAUCAUUUGACUUGACUCUGCCUAAAACAAACAAAACAACAAGAAUCCUUCUGUUGGUUGGUUCUUUUUUUGUUUUUUAUCUUUGCAAGAAGCUGGUGAAUUGACUGAUGUUCCGUUGUCAUUUUAUAUUGCCGUGAGUCCGCCGGAGACUGCUGACUUGUUGGAAUCCUUUUGCAUGGAUGUUUUUGAGGAGUUGGAUGCACAACUUGCAAUACAGGUUCCUCAGUCAAGAAGAGAAAGGAAAUGAACACUGCCGUUUGAGUCAAUGCUGUUGCAAAAUCUUCCACAAUCUUGCUACCGGUAGUCAUCAAUAAGCUUGGACACAGUAACUUAAAGUUUUAUCACGCAGCUCAAGUGUAGAGACUGCGUUUCCGCUUCCACUGGACAAUCAGCAGGACAGUUCAAGCUUUCGCGUGUGGACCACUCGACUCUCUGAGAACAAACUGUAGUCUCAUUUAAACUUCAUCACACGUCCUCAAACAAUAUACUGUAGAUGGAGAGUUGAUUGUCUCUUAGUUUUGCACUCAUCAAACUGGGAGUGGCCUUUGACGGUGCAUGACUUCUACGCUGUCUUAACUGUGAGAUGGUGCCACCGCCCUCUAGUGUCAUAGGCGUGUAAGGAAAUCCAACAUAGACUAGAUUUGGAGGUGCCAGAAAGACUGUUGCUUUUGAAUCCUUUUGAGGUUUGGAAACAUCGGAAGUGUGUUGAGUCAAUCUAGCCUGGAGGAGAAAAUCUUUUGAAACAAAGUAUUUUUUUAAUUGCGGACAAUACAAAAUCUGCAUUGUCCACCCUCACAGAAAUGUAUUUGCUCAUCUCUCACCACAUAGGGUUUCUUGCUUAAUGAUGCAUUUAUUGCAGUUAUGUAUUGUUAUCAAUAGUCUCUUUAAUAAUAUAUAGUUUUGAAGAUCACCUUUUGCAUUCUGGAUAUUGGCAACUUUUCGUUAUUCGCACAUGCUACAAUAAGGUCAUUUGGCUUAUUUCUAUUACAUGCUCCUUAUCAAUAAAGUACGUCCCAUUUAACUUCCACAAAAAUGAAUAAGCGUUAAUCAAACCAUGGUGUCAUUCAGCGAGAAAUAACAAGUAAUAAAGCUAGAGGAAGUUUGUAACCAGGUAGACCGUUUUAGUGAUUGUAAAGGUGAAAAGUGAAACCAGGUAACUAUUCAGAGGGGGGAUAUAGUAAGUAGUAAGUAUGUAGUUCACUGCAGGCAAAGGCAUGAGGACACCUCUUGCAAAAGAUAAAGUGGGACAAUGGAGAGUAUCAAUCUUUUGUUCAAUUCACCUCCGCACAGGAAGGAUGACCUCUAGCAUUUCAGCAAAUCAAAGGGAACAAAAGUUACCAUUUUUGUCAAACAAAAUUAGAUCAGCCCAAAGAUACAGUGGAUCCUGUGAGAAACAUCUGUACUGGUUCUGGAACCUCUUUUUUUAAAACGGUUUUACAUAUUGUUCCACAAAUUGCCUCUACUGUACCUGUUGGGUUGAGAUGCUGUCAGACGUAAAUGUGACUCAGAGCACGGUUUAAUGUGCUCUGACUCCACACCAAUAGUAGACUCUGUGCAUUACAUUCCAUAUAAUGCAGCCUUUUUUCUGCCUGAAAGUACUUGUGGACUAAUAGUAUCACAUACAGCUCCUGCCUAGUGCACGCCGCCUCUCUAUGAAUUUAGGCAGACUGUCUACGAAAAGUUAGCUGUUGCUAGAGUGAGUGUUGGAAAAAAUAUGUAAAGAGAGAAGAGUAUUGAAAUGAUACCUCUCUAUCUCUGCCUUUUCCUCGCCUGUCUCACCCGGUCUCAUUGCACUUUCUUUAGCCUGCUGUGAAAAUACACUGUCAGCAGUGUGGCAGCAACAUAAAACUGGAAAUUUUAGGAUGCGUAAGUACUACAGGGCCCACUUUGAUUAUUUUAACCCACAUCCUUAUUUUAAUUUACUGAAUUGCUGACGAUAAUGAGAGCAUUAGACCGAAAACAGAGGACAUAAAACUCUUACUGUGUUAGUUUGAGGGCACUGGAUACACUUACAUUUGUCCCAUACAAUGCAAUUGCAGCACUGCCCAGUAUUCAAUUCAGUUCAGAAUCACCCUUUUUUGAAAUGUCACACUACAACAUGUUUUCUAAUUUUUUGUUAUUCCUUGACUAAACAUGAAAUUUCCUAAAAGCUAAACAUUUAAACGUUUUAUUCAGUCGCAGCUUUGGUGAGUGCUCUGGUUGGGUCAACAGCCAGCAGACAAUUAGAUAUCUAUUUGUACUGACCUGUAAUCAACAGCCAUGAUUAUGUACUUUGCAGUUUAUCUUAAGGUAUAUUGAACAUCUGAGAUGCAGAAUAGCUGCUUCAUAUUGACUCUCUGUGCAUGGUCACCAUUAUUUAUCUAAGAUGCAAUGACUCAAUUUCUUUUUAAAGUAUUGCUGCAGCAAAAUGUAUUUAUUUAUCUGGAUGUGACUGAUUACUUGAACAUUUUAGAUUUCUUUUUCUCAGCGCUGUUCUUUACUGUUUUCUAUUGUCAUUACAAUGAAAUGAUUGACCAGUGUGAUUUAUUAUUAUAAUUAUUAUUAUUGUAAUGGCAUAGCAUCUAAUGUUCAAUUUUGUUUUAUUCAAAAAUAUUUUUUGUCAUCAUCAAUACUUGUUAUGAAGUGAUGUUUUAAAGCACACUAGGGUUAACAUUGUGAUUCCAAUAGAUGACAGGUGGAGUGUUGUGAAAUUGAAAACAAAAACCAUACCCAAGUUUCCCAAAGCAUUACUCACUAUGUUGUUUUGUACACCUUUAAUUACUCUUCUCAUUUCUCCCAGAUCUAUAAAAGCGGGUUCUCAUUGCACUCUUUUAUGGUGACCUAAACUAGGAAAAAUAGAUAUGAAUUAAAGUAAUGAAGCCACAAAUGUUUUGGGAAACUGGGUGAAGUAAGCACUCAAUGUUCUCAUAAUUCAAAACAACUCACCUUGAAGAAAGAAUUGUAGAAAUGUAGAUGUAGAACAAAAACGCCCUUUACAUUCAAGUUAAACCUCAUUGAAAAUCUUUAAAUGCUUAGAUUAGAUAUAAUUGAAGAAAUGCAUAACAGCAGUCCCCCUAACAUACAUACAGACACGGCAUGGGAUUGUCACAGUUUGACAAACUGCAAUGAACAGUUAUGUGAGAAUUCCAUGGAACUGACACCUUACAGAGCAACAUUGUUAGAUGGGUUCCAGCAUUGACCUCCUUUCAGCUGAAUGAAGAGACCUAAUUUAGUAGGACGGUUUUAUCAUUUAUUGUGUAAAGAUUCUGUCAUCUUAAGAUUUUGAGAUGUCACUGAAAUGCUGAUACUUGCUGUUUCUAAAUUCUAAUCUAAGUCCCCAGACAUUUGAUUUUGUCUUCCCACUCUGCACUUAUCCCUCCCUCAUAUAUACUGUCUGUCUGUAUAUAAACUUUUUAUGACUGACAUUAAUGGUAGCAGAUGUCAACAUGUGAGGGACAUGUAGCCUUUAAGGUGGAGUGAGUAUUUGCAUAGAGACAUAUUCACUUAGUCUAAAUAUAAAAGGCAGAAAGUAAAUUUAAUUAGUGAAAUUCAGGGGAUUUUGGAUAACACAGAAAUGAAUGUAACUGGGUUGCUCAGGGUUGACUUGGAACAUAUUAAAACUACUGGUCCAUCAGCUCUCUGACUUUUAUGUACAAGAUGAGGAUGAUUGAUUCAUAAAUAUUUUAGUUUUAUUUUAUUAAGCUGGGAGUUACAACAGACUUUAUUUCAGUCAUGGGCACCACCAAUCUGCUAGUUGUAUUACUUGAAAAUAUUGCGGCAAAGUGGAGUAGGUCCAUAAGAGUACAGUUAACAGUGUUGUUGAUUCUAUUGUUUAAGCUGUUUCUAAACAAAAAAAAUGCUAGCCUGACUACCUGUCUAUCUCUAACAAUGUCAUUUGACAAAAACAGGUGACCAAUUCAAGAAACAUCUCUUCUCAAUUCUAGUAAAUUAGAAUAGUUAUAAUUUAAUCUGAUUAAUUUAAUCAUAUUACAAAUAGACACUCAAACAUGUAAAUGAAAUAACUGACUUGGGAGGCCAAUCUCCGUUUUGGUAGCCAGGUAACUACAGACUGAUGACUUCUCUUUCUCUGCAAAAACCCGACCAAAUGACAGACAAAGAGAGGGGACUGUCCCACUCAUACAAAGCUUGCAAUUUCAAUAAGUUCUCGAUGAAAUUAAACUUAAAAACAUCACUCUUGUAUCUUGAA